GCCACAUUUAACAUAUUCCUCUCUCUCUCUCUCUCUCUCUCUGGAUCUCUCUCUAGAUCUCUUCUCUCUGUGAGGUGCGAAACAUGAAGACUAUGAAAUCAAACACAAUUUUAGCACUUGGGUUUCUUUUGUUUAUGCUUAUAUUGUCUCAUCCAUCACUAACCCAAGCUCAAGAAGUUGAGGAUGAAAGAGAAUUUGAUUAUGCGAGAGAUGGGCAUAUGGGGCCGGAGAAAUGGGGGGAGAUAAGGAAAGAAUGGUCGGCCUGCAGCAACGGGACGAUGCAAUCUCCGAUUGAUAUGUCGAGUCAGAGGGUGGAGAUGGUGGUUACUUCUAACAAGCUGUUCAGAAACUAUAAGGCUUCUAAUGCUACAGUCAAUAAUAGAGGCCAUGACAUUAUGCUUGCAUGGGAAGGAGAUGCAGGGUCAAUUCGCAUAAAUGGCACCGAGUAUGCUUUGAAACAAGCUCAUUGGCACUCGCCUUCAGAGCAUUCCAUCAAUGGCAGAAGGUAUGACAUGGAACUACAUCUUGUCCACCUCAGCACCGACGACAAAAUAGCUGUCAUUGCUGUUCUUUACAAUAUUGGCGCGCCUGACCAUUUUCUUUCAAAGUUAACUGUAAACAUAACGGCUAUGAUAGACCAAAAGGGUGAGCAUGGACACAGUGGAGUUAUAGAUCCUAAAGAGAUUCAAAUGAGUAAUAGAAGAUACUAUAGAUACAUCGGCUCACUCACUGUUCCUCCUUGUACUGAAGGAGUUGUUUGGACCAUAAGCAAAAAGAUAAGAACUGUUUCAAAAGAUCAAGUUAAAUUGCUUCGAGAGGCUGUACACGAUUAUGCAGAAAAUAAUGCAAGACCAGUACAACCAGUUAACCAUCGAGGCAUUCGUUUUUAUGGUCCAGCUUCAAGACAAUGAUAUGAAUCUAUAUAGAUACUCAAUUUUUUGUAGUGCCUGAAGAAAUCCAUUUUGAGUUAAUAUUAAUUAUAUCUUGAUUAUUCAUUUUCUAUUUGUACAAUUGUACGACCAUUAUAUUGUAUGUAUGUCCAUUAUGAAUAACCUUUCAAAAU